UCCUUCUCUACCCAAGCAAAACCUCAACAACAAACACCAUGUGUGGCAGCUACUACGGAGGCUCUGGCUAUGGAGGCUGCGGCUACGGAGGCUGCGGCUACGGAGGCUGCGGUUACGGAGGCUGCGGCUACGGAGGCUGCGGCUACGGAGGCUGCGGUUACGGAGGCUGCGGUUACGGAGGCCAGGGCUGUGGCUAUGGCUCCAGCUAUGACUGUGGCUUCCGCAAACUGGGCUGUGGCUUCCGCAAACUGGGCUGUGGCUACGGAUACGGCUCUGGCUGUGGCUACGGAUACGGCUCUGGCUGUGGCUACGGAUACGGCUCCCGCUCUCUCUGUGGCUCUGGAUGCGGCUCUGGCUUUGGCUGCUACUAAUUGAGGUCGCCUUGGGAGACUCUCACCCUCCGCAUCUGCACGUGGGAUUCACCAGUUCUGAGCCCCACACGUCCUGAGCCUUUCCCUUGGGUGAUGAUAUCCUGUGUGAUGAAAGUCUAGCAGGGUCUGUUGUUGCCCACAACUUAACCUACAGAUUCCCUGAAUUAACGCAGGAAGUGGGAGGUGGUGAAAUUCACCUGUGACCCCCACAGUUCUGCUUUCAUCAGGAUGAUGGUGUCGGAGCAACUGCCUCGAUGAUCUCAUGCUGGAGCUUGUUUCUGUGUUGACCUAAUAAACUUGUUCAAUCCCAACGGCA